AUGACGCAAAUCACAAAUUGUACUUUUGGGCAGGAAUUUACAGCUUGCCUGAUUCAUACUUUGGAAGGCUAUCAAAACUGUAGGACAUAUUCUAUGAUGCUGUUAGUAACACUGUCAAUAUUGUUUUAUCCCCAUUUUUUGGCACUUUUUCUAUUCUAUUUAAAUUUCCUUUUCUAUCCCAUUUAUAAAAAACUGUAUAACCUGCCAGAAGAUGUUUCUAGAAAAGAAUGGGACAGGCCAAAACAUUUGCUGGCAUCUGCUAUGACUAUGCUAGGGAAAGUGUUGCAUGGUUAUGAACUCUGUGGAAUUGAAAAUCUACCAAAAGGCCCAGGACUUAUUAUCUAUUAUCAUGGAGCCUUGCCUAUAGACUAUGCCUUUUUUUAUUACAAAGUCUACCUCACCACAGGAAGAUUCUGCAGCAGUGUGGUAGAUAAAUUCCUUUAUAAUUUGCCAAGUGCAAAAUUGUUUCAAAGGAUCUGUGGUGGUGUUUGUAAGACAAAGCAAGAAUGUGUUGAAAUGCUAAAGAAAGGCCAUCUGGUAUCUAUUGCACCAGGUGGAGCUCGGGAGCAAAACUAUGGAGAUAACACAUAUAAACUUAUCUGGAAGAACCGUAAAGGGUUUGCUCAAGUAGCCAUUGAUGCAAAAGCGCCAAUCAUACCUAUGUUUACACAAAAUAUCCGGGACGGAUACAGAUCAUAUGGAAAUAUAUGGCCAAUGAGAUGGCUUUAUGAACGAAUACGAUUUGUUUUCUUUCCAACGUAUGGGUUCAUUCCAGUCAAACUUCGUACCCAUAUUGGAGAACCCAUUCCUUAUGAUCCAAGUAUAACUGCUGAAGAACUGGUUGAAAAAACGAAAAUGGCAAUAGAAGCCUUACGGGACAAACACCAGAAAAUACCAGGAAGCAUAGCAAGAGCUCUUUGGGAGCGCUUUGAGAAGCAUCACAAAGAUAAAUAGUGUAAAUAUGAACUACACCGAU